AUGAUCGGCAACACACUCAUUAUGACGCUCAAAGUGCUGGCGUGGCUCAAUACGGGCUCGAAUGCCAUGCUCUCGGAAGCAAUUCACUCGCUCGUGGACACGGACACUAGCAACCAGGCGAUUCUGAUCUUGGGCUUGAAGCAAGCAUCGGGUGUGCCGCAUAAAAAGCACCAAUAUGGAUACACACGUGCUGCGUACUUUGGAUUGUUCAUCUCUGCGCUUGGCUUAUGCUGGUUAGGUUCUGGGGUGACGGUUGUCCACGGGAUCCAGUCGCUCUUGGAUCCUCCGAAAGAGCUUUUUCUUUCGUGGGAAGUGUGGGGUGUGCUAGCAGCUUCUUUUGGCAUUGACGGAUGGGUGCUGAAGCGGUCAGUACAGGAACUGAGGGCUUCUCAGCCCCAAGACAUGUCGUUUUACAAGCAUGUGACGCGGACAAAGGAUCCGUUUCUGAUGGCUGUGCUGCUGGAAGACAUGUCAGCAUGUGUGGGUAUCGUUAUUGCUGGAUGUGGCAUUGGGGCCAGCCACAUUACAGGCAACCCGGUGUGGGACAGUCCGCUAGCGUAUCGAUGGGCGUGCUUCUUGGCGUGGGUCGGGCCAUCGACAUUUAGCUACAAGGCUGAAGUUGACUUCGAUGGGACGUUCUUGGCGGCGAAACUGCUGCGAAUGUGCAAGCCGAAUGUGACUCGUCUUGUCGAGAAAGAGGUGCAAGAAGUAGAAGAGGUUAUUCGCGGCAUUUACCCCGAGGCCGCCUUCAUCGAGUGGGAGCCUGAUGGCAAAGAGUCGGAGAUGCGUGCCGUGUUGAGUAUGCAGACAAAGUCUUUCCGUACGAACGAGCGUGAAGCCAUGACGCGAGCGCUGGCACUGCUUGCACGGACAUUAGAGCGGAAGACAACAGGAGCUGAUCGUUUAGCUACUACUGGCACGAGUGAAUACAUGUUCAGUGGUGGUACGUGUGACAUGUGGAUUUGCUUGUGUUUAAUCGGCGUUGGAACCUACGGAUAA